AUGGCCGCACGGGGGGAAAAGAAACGAAACCCAAACUUUUCCAAGGAGGAAUGCGCUUUGUUGGCGAAGUUAAUGGGGGGAAUUACAUCUGAAACCAAAAAGAAAAUGUGGGCAGUGGUUGAAUUGGAAUUUAAUUCCCAUUCCAAUGGUAUCCAUAGGUCAUUGGAUCUGCUUAUGAAAAAAUGGGACAACCUGGUGCAGGUUCACCGUCCCAAAUACAUGGAUUAUAGGCGGCAGUUGCAACUUACAGGUCAUGGGAACAAUACAGCAGUGUUGUCGGAAAUCACAGAUGCUGUCAUGAAUGUGAUAGGAAAAGUAGACUGUGGCAUUGAGGAUAUUGGUGUUGCUGAAUCCUUUGACGCGACAUGCAUUCAUGAAAGCCAAAAUGUAACAGAAAUUGGAGAAACAGACACGGUACCAAUCUACCAAAUGUUGAACGAGUACACAACAUAUCAGCCAUUGUCGGAGUGUGCUGAAAUGGCCAUUGCUGCACCCAGCACACAGUCAUGUAUAGGCACGACUCCACCAUCCAGUCAUUGCAGCUGCCAUGAGUGCGGUUCAAUUAGGAGGCUGAAGAAAAGGAAGUUGGAGUUGGAGGUGGCUAUACUUGCCAAGCGAUUUGAAAAAGAACAAUAAAGCUUGUCAACUUACAUUUGUGUGAAUUUCAUUUCCAUGCCUGUACAGUGAAUCAGGGUUUAUAAGGUCGAGGAAAGUUUCCACAUGAACGGAUGCUUAUUUAUCAACAUAUUGAAACUAUGGUUUAUAGACUACAAAAAUGUGACUGUUUGUUAUUUCCAUUUAACUUUUAGUUAUUAAAUUUGUACAGUGUAGAAUUACAUGCUAUAUUAAUGUCCACUUAUUUUGUCGCUUGAAAAUUUGUACAGUGUUGUAUUAAGUACUAUAAUUGUUUUCCACAUUGUGGAUAAUUGUCUAUUUAUCUUAUAAAUGCAGGAUAAUAAAGAAACUACUAUAUUUGCAAAAUUAGCAGCAUAUUUACUAAUUUUCUGUAUUAAACAGAUACAGUCUUACCAAAGUAUCUUGUUGUAAACUGUUCUCUGUAUCUAAGGCCCACAAGGUUGUCUGCUUGAGGCUGUGGCCUGCCAUCACCAUCAUUUACAGCAUCUCCAUCAUCUGGUCCUGCCAUGGGAAUGGCUCUCUCCUUGCAAAUAUUGUGCAGUACACAACAUGCAAGCACCAACCUUUUUAUCAUAUAAAUGAAUUAAUUAUUAUAAGAAAUAAACAUGUAUUUAAGUGUUAAAAUGAUACUUAUUUAUUUAAUCUUUAACAGAGUUAUGGCAUUUAAUUUGAUUGUAUAUUACAAGGCUGUCUUUCUUUAUGAAAGU